CCUUUUAAGACGACCAGUAUACGAUCUGACCUUAGCCGGCUACUUCCAAGAUACCGCACGAUAGCAAACUUGUCCAUCCCAUACCAGAAUCACAAAAUGGACAAGGCCUCCUUCGAAAUGCGGAAGCACCAGCUUUCGGGGGCUUCGAUCUCGACAUCAGCAACCACGGACGCCGCUCGCCUCGGCGGAUGAGGACAAGUGGACUAUGACAGCACAUUAUCACCUGGCUGUCCUGGUCAGAUCCUACUCUGUCUAUGAGUAAAAGUAAUAUGGAUCACGUUCUGUACGACGACUUGCAAGCAAUCGCCAUAUCCAUGAUCUUUUUUUCCGCCAAGAAAGAGGAUCCAUCGACCUUGCAGAGUCCUCUUCCUUUGCCCUGAGGACUCGCCGUACAUCGAACCGACCCCGUGUGGUCGCCGCAGUCUCGUCUUCCGGCCCGGCUACCCCCGUCCCCACCUAAGCGGCCAGGGGCCAGAUGGUCACGGUCGCCACAACCCCGCCUCCUUCAGCGGCCUCGUCCUCGACCGGAACCCCCCGACACAAGCUUUCGAGGGUGAGGCAACGGACUCCGCCAACGUCCAACACUCCGGCCCUUGGCCAGAGUCGGCAGCAAGUCGGAGAAGACCGAAAGGCGCGACACCAGCCCCGCCUCCAUCAUUUUCCCCCGAGCCUCCCCUCCCUGGCACUGGGAUCUUGCGAGCUUCCUCGCCGGCGACCCCAACGAGGAGGACGUCCCGCCCCCCGAAUCCCCAACCCGCAUCCCCCCAGCUUUCGCCCUCCUGCCGGGCUUCCGCAAUCAAGAAGCACGCACCAUGCUUACCACCACCACCACCCACGAAGCUGCGCCCUCAUCCAUUCUCUCCACGGGGGUGGCUCCCCUGAGCGGAGCAGCGCCGGUCGACAUCGCCGCCCUCGGCAUUGGGGUGCUGGAGCUCGCGGCUCUCCUGGAGCACUACAAGGCGGCGUCGUUGAAGACGAAGGAGGAGGUGGCUGUGUUCCUGGCGGCCGCCAAAAGCAGGAGGAAGACGCUGCGAGGGAGGAGGCCCUCCACCACCGUACGGUCGCGCAUAUGUCUUCUCGCAAGCUGCCUCGUCGACGACCCCGACGACGACGACCUCCAACCCCCCGAAUUCCCCACACGAAUCACUCCAGCUCUCGCCCUCCUGCCGCGCUUCCGCAACCAUGAAGCCCGCACUAUGCUAACCUUGCCCUCCUGCCGCGCUGAUUGCAAUGGGGUCACUUCUCCUCGUUUUGGAUAGAGAAGGACCGGAUUAUAGAAGAUCAACAACGGGAGAUCGAACGCCUUCACCGUCUACUUGUUGAUGUGGUAGUGGAGGAGACCCCGGUAAGUUUCAUCAAGAUAUAGACUCUCUUGACAUCCGGCCCAACCAUGAUCGAUUUCGAAUCUUCGCAGCAAUCAACUCCGAGAAAGCGCCACCGCCAGUAGGACGUUCUUGUUUUUGAGACUUUUCUUGUUUUUGGGACUUUCUUGGUUUUGGGACUUUGUUGUUCGUGGACUUGGUUGUGCUUGGUUUCAUUGAGACAUUGGUCCGUUUCGUUUUCUUGUACAUUUAUUUAACGAAAAGCGGACUCCUAUACCCGUCUUAC